GUGAUCACUCCCUUAUUGCCAAGGAAUCCAGGCGUGUUAUUUACAGUAGAUGAGUCUUCCACUCUGGUUUUAGUUACAGUGUUUAUAGGACCGGGCGGAGCCCUGCCCUCGUUGGAUGCGUUACAUUUCAAAUAGCUGUAGGCUUGAGGAGUGAAUGCCCGCACGUUGUCAGAUAAGUCGGAGUACUUUCAUAAUUGGCUAUGUAGUUUGUCUAUCUUGGGGAUUGCCGAGCUAAACUUGCGGAUUGCCACGCAUGCGCAGAAACGUUUAUUCCGUUAGCUGUCAGAAUGUUUUCCUCCCGUCUAUGGACCAAACUGAACGGGGCGACCAGCGGUUAGCUCCUUAAAUGUGUCCAGAGUUGAAGGGAAACAACUCAACUGCAAAGCUUUUGGAGUUUUAAAAGAAGAAUAAUGUAUACAACGAGCUGUUUUCUGUGGUCUGUGAGUACAAACUUGGACACUAUCGUCUUUUCCAGACACUAUCGCGGUAACGUAACUAACCGCUGCUGAACUUGUGGACCUUUAAAAGUUUGCACCGUCCUUUAAGAAGAGUAUCGUUACAGGUUUUGUCCUUAUCAGUGAUGAAGACAGCAAACUUGUAAGUAAGUCUUAACGAUGGUAGCUUCUUUACUGACUGGCGUAGCCUAGAACCUGAGGAAAAGAGGACUUCGAGGAGCCGGACAGGUAGCCCGCCUGCACCGUUGCGAUGGGCAACCGCGGGAUGGAGGAUCUUAUCCCGCUAGUCAACCGCCUACAAGACGCCCUGAGCACCGUGGGACAGAGCUGCAGCCUCUGUCUGCCCCAGAUCGCUGUGGUGGGCGGCCAAAGCGCAGGCAAGAGCUCCGUCCUGGAAAACUUUGUGGGCAGGGACUUCCUUCCACGGGGUUCAGGAAUCGUCACUCGCAGACCUUUAAUCCUCCAGCUGCUUAAUGGUGACACGGAGUACGGUGAAUUUCUCCACCGUAAGGGACAGAAGUUCGCAGACUUUAAUGAGAUCUGCCAGGAGAUUGAGGCGGAGACACGCAGACUCACAGGAUCCAAUAAAGGCAUCUCCCCUGUCCCCAUCAACCUACGUAUUUAUUCACCACACGUGCUGGACCUGACUCUUGUGGACCUGCCUGGUAUCACCAAGGUGCCUGUAGGUGACCAGCCAGCAGACAUAGAGUACCAGAUACGAGACAUGAUCAUGCAGUAUAUCUGUAAGGAAAACUGUCUCAUCCUGGCUGUCACGCCAGCCAACACUGACCUUGCCAACUCUGAUGCACUCAAACUGGCCAAAGAUGUUGACCCACAGGGCCUCCGGACAAUUGGUGUAAUCACUAAACUGGACCUGAUGGAUGAAGGAACAGAUGCUCGGGAAAUACUAGAGAACAGGUUGCUUCCCCUGCGCAGAGGUUACAUAGGGGUGGUGAAUCGUAGUCAGAAGGACAUCGAUGGGAAAAAGGAUAUUCAAGCAGCUCUGCUUGCAGAGCAGAAGUUCUUCCUGUCCCAUCCGGCUUACAGACACAUGUCUGAAAGAAUGGGCACUCCAUAUUUGCAAAGAAUACUUAACCAGCAACUGACAAACCACAUUCGGGACACUUUGCCUGCCUUCCGCAGUCAUCUGCAGGGUCAGCUUCUGGCCUUGAACAAAGAAGCUGAGGAGUACAGACAGUGUAGUCCCGAUGACCCUGCACGCAGGACUAAGACACUGCUACAGUUGGUUCAGCGCUUGGCUGUUGACUUUGAGAAGCUAAUCGAGGGCUCAGGUGACAAAGUGGACACUGUUAGUCUCUCUGGAGGGGCUAGGAUCAACCGAAUCUUCCAUGAGCGCUUCCCCUAUGAACUGGUCAAGAUUGAGUCUGAUGAGAUAAAGCUGCGACAGGAGAUCAACUAUGCUAUCAGAAACAUCCAUGGUGUCAGGACAGGUCUGUUCACUCCUGACAUGGCCUUUGAAGCCAUAGUGAAGAGACAGAUAUCAAGGAUAAAGGGGCCAUGUGUUAAAUUUAUUGACAUGGUCAGCCAAGAAUUAAUGACUACCUUGUCCCAGUGUAUCAACAAGCUCAGUUCUUUUCCCAAACUACAAGAUGAGACCGAGAGAAUUGUCACUGCUGAAAUACAACAGCAAGAGAGCAAAUGCAGGGACCAGGUCUUGUUGCUCAUUGACAUACAGCUUGCCUACAUAAAUACUAAACAUGAGGAUUUCAUUGGCUUCACUAACGGCCAGCAAGCGCACACCCAAAACAAUAGGAGGACUGUUGCAGGGAUGGCGGGAAACCAGGGUGUGGCCCCUCUUUCCAGUCUAAUAGUCAUACGCAAGGGCUGGCUGACCAUCAGCAACAUUGGCAUUAUGAAGGGUGGAGCCAAAGAAUACUGGUUUAUCCUCACUGCAGAGAGUCUGUCUUGGUUCAAGGAUGAUGAGGAGAAGGAGAAGAAGUACAUGCUUCCUCUGGACAACUUAAAGCUCAGAGAUGUGGAGAAGGGCUUCAUGUCCAGCAAAUUUGCCUUUUCUAUCUUCAACACAGAGUUAAGGAACGUGUAUAAGGACUACAAAUGCCUGGAGUUGGCCUGUAGCUCUCAGGAGGAGUUGGACAGCUGGAAGGCGUCUCUGCUGCAAGCUGGAGUCUACCCUGAGAAAGUCACCGUGGAUGGGGAGGAAAAUGGAAGUCCUGAAAACUUCACAGACCCCCACCUAGAGCGUCAGGUGGAAACCAUUCGGAACCUGGUUGACUCCUACAUGAACAUCAUCUAUAAAACCAUCAAGGACUUAAUGCCAAAGACUGUUAUGCACCUCAUGAUCAACAGCGUGAAGGAGUUCAUUAGCUCUGAGCUCCUGGCCCAGCUCUACGCUCUGGGAGAAUGCUCUGCACUGAUGGAUGAGUCACCAGAGCAGCGGCAGCACCGGGAGGAAGUGCUCCGCAAACACGCUGCUCUGAAGGAGGCCCUUGCUGUCAUUGGAAAGAUCUCCACCUCUACUUGCACCACCCCUAUGCCUCCACCUGUGGACUCUUCCUGGAUACAGCCCUCUAGGCUGACACCCCCUACGAAGUCAGUGACCACUGGCAAACCAGUGGUUCGUGGCCACGCCCCGUCUGUUCCUCGAGUGCCUGCUCACACUGGAACCACUGCUUCCACGAGCACUGACGGCCAUCAGCAGCUCGCUGGCCAACCCAAACGCCCUCCACCUAGUGUGCCAAGGAGGCAUCCUCCAGCCAUCCCACAUGUGAAAUAACAGAAGACUUUCUGUUCAGAACUCCAUUACCCAUCUACCCUGGUGAUCCUUCCAGCUGCAGCUGACUGCUACCCUGAGAUGCCCAAUAACCUGUGUGAUGUGUAAUCCAGCUGAAGCACUGUGCUGGACUUCUCUCUGUCUCCUCUGGGAGCUGCUGUCUGCAAAAUUCACUGAAUCUUCGGUCUGUUUUGUACAUAAUAUCACUGACUGUAAAGGCUGGAAUGUGCUAGACUGUCUUCUGACUUUUUCUCAAGUGCCUGAACUUUGUGUAAAUAAAAAUACCAACUUUGAGUUAUUCUACUCAAAGAGACUACACAUGCACUAUUUUUACUCUUUUUAAAUAAACAGGUAUUUUAUUUUUGAA